CGGGGCCGGAGCCGGGACAGGGCGUCCGGGACGAGCGAGCUGCCGUGCCGUGGGGCGGGCGGGCGGCCUCCGCUAGGGAAGGGUGUUCCCCGCACGCACGUAAUACGCACAUAGAUUCAAUACAGAUAGAGAGGGGGGGGGGCCUGUGCGGCGGCGCGGCCGCCGGGCACCUCCUGACAGCGGUUCCCGCCGCGCCCCCGGGCUCGGGCAUGGCCGCGGGGCCAUGACGGGCGCGGCAGCAGGCGGCGGCGGCCCCGGGAGCACCCGCCGUGCAGCGGUCGGCAAGGCGGGGGGCCGGUCGCGGAGCGCCCAGCCGCGGGCGGCGGGCGGCGGCGGCGGGAGCGGCGGCGGCUCGGAGGAGGAGGAGCAGCGGGACGGCGGGUCGCUGUUCCUGGUGAACAAGAGCGGUUUCCCCAUGGACGGGCAGACCUGGGAGCGGAUGUGGGGGCACGUGGAGCGGGUGCACCCCGACGGCGGCGCCGUGGCGGCGGCCAUCCGGAGCGCAGCCCGCCUGGCUCGGCCCUCAGUGCCACCAGUGCCAAACUACAAGCUCUCCAUGUCGAUCCCAGAAUGGCUCCAGGCAAUACAGACCUACAUGAAGAUGCUGCAAUACAAUCACACAGGAACACAGUUCUUUGAGAUUAGAAAAAACAGACCUUUAAGUGGGUUAAUGGAGACAGCAAAAGAAAUGACCAGGGAGUCCUUACCUAUCAAAUGCCUUGAAGCAGUUAUCCUGGGGAUAUACUUAACAAACGGGCAGCCCUCUGUGGAACGAUUCCCCAUCAGCUUUAAAACCCACUUCUCAGGGAACUAUUUUCAUCAUGUGGUGCUCGGGAUUUACUGCAACGGCCGGUACGGCUCGCUGGGCAUGAGCAGACGAUCAGAUCUGAUGGACAAACCUCUAACGUACCGAACUCUGAGCGACCUCAUCUUUGAAUUUGAAGACUCCUAUAAAAAGUACUUGCAUUCAGUCAAAAAAGUAAAAAUCGGAUUAUACGUCCCACACGAGCCGCACAGCUUCCAGCCCAUCGUGUGGAAACAGCUGGUCCUCAAUGUAUCCAAAAUGAUGCGCACAGAAGUCAGGAAGGAGCUGGAGAAGUUUGCCAGGGAUAUGAGGAUGAAGAUUCUGAAACCCUCAAGUGCCCAUUCUCCAAUGAAAGAGAGAUCCCGGGGUAAGUCGUUGUCCCCUCGCCGAAGGCAAGCCAGCCCUCAGAGACGCACAGGCAGAAGAGACAAGUCGCCUGCGGUGGUGGACAAGAAAGGAGACCUGGCUACGCUCAAUGAGGUAGGCUACCAGCUCCGCAUCUAAGCAAGCCAUAUGCUGGACAGAGGGCUUCUCUGGUGCUUCCUGCUGCACUUUACCUGCACUCCGUUGGAAGGAAAAAGGAAUGGGACUAUUUAUUAACUUGUGGACUCUUAUAAUCAAGUUUUUACUUAGAAAAAUAGAGGGGGGAUUUUUUUUUUUCUGGUGGCAGUAUUUAUUUUCUUUCAAUUAACAGAAAAGGCAUCGGUGAAGGGAACCUAAAUUAUAUUUAUCAGGAUAUGAUUUUUUUUUCCCCUCCAUCAUGUAGCAGGUAACUCCAGUGGUGUGAGACUUUCUUCUAAUAUAACUUCCCUGUACAAGUAAUUAUUGAACUUGAAGCAGCCAAGCAUUGUGCUGGGUAGCAGCAUUGGGAUAACUAAGAAAUAAUAUUCUUAGUGUUAAGAUGUGCUGGGGUGCAGUGCAGUUUAAAAAAAAAAAUCAGAAUUAAUAUUUAAUUCAGCAAUAAAAACAAGCAGUGCAGAUGUGGCAUUUUAAAAAUAUCAAAAUUACCUCACUCAACAGAUAUGCAAAACUGUCAGUAUUAUUGUUUUGUAACUAAUUUGUACUGUUUCCCAGCAUUUCUGGUAGUAUUAAAACAGCACUGGAUGUUUUACUGCCACCUGUAGUAGUACUUUGUGCAUGUAGAUGAAAGAUGUUAAGUAAUAGUAAUACGCAAGUGUAUUCUUAAACGCUGACAUUUUAUUAGGCAAAAUAGGUUUUUUAGAUGAUGAUAAUUGAUGAAUAAUCAUUUUUUAAACUUCCAGAAUUUUUUUAUACUUUAUCACAAGCUUUUAGUCUUUCUGGACUACACUGCUGAAGCACAAAACAUGUUGCUGUUUUAUAGAGACCAGUGUUCAUGUACUAGUCAGUUUGUUUCUUGUGUAUUUUCCUGGAAUAAUGGAAAAAAUGUCAGAAUUACUAAUACGCUUUUCUUUCAAUGUUCCUGUUUAACUUUGAACCUUGUCUUUGAAAGGCUGAGCAGUCUCAGAUGGUGAUGCCUUGACAUCUUAUAUUAAGAUCAGACAUCACAGGGUGAAGUUAACCUGCCGUGCUGCUUGUAGAGAGUUUUUUGAGUAACAACAGCUUAGACUUCCCAGAAUGAGGAAGCUUGUAUUGGAACAACUUCAGCAAUAAGUUAAAUUGUAUGUCUGAAAUACCUGAAAAUCAAGCUUGUCCCCUUCCUCCCUACUCAGUCCUUUUGUUCUAAGACCUGUGAUGGACAGCAGAGUUCUCAAGGGACACGGUAAGACUUUCAUUUGGGUCCACCAUUUGCUUUAGUGAAGUUCUCUGGAAACAUUUGAGUGCUGCAUUCCUGAAAAUAUUUCAUUAGGUGCCUAUA